UUCGCCUGCAGCAAUGAACUCCUCGAUGCGAGUCACAGUUGCUUGUAGCAAACUACCAUGAAGUACUUUUCAACACGCGGGGGCAAGGAUUUGCUGUCCUUUGAGGAGGCAGUCCUCGCCGGCCUUGCCCCGGACGGCGGCCUAUACAUCCCAGAGUCCAUCCCCUCCCUUCCCUCAGAUUGGCAAGAAGCAUGGAAAGACUACUCCUUCGUCGAUCUAUCCUGCGCCGUCCUCCGCCUCUACAUCUCGCCGAACGAGAUCUCCAACGAGGACCUCCGCACCCUCGUCGAAAAGUCCUAUAGCACGUUCCGUCACCCCGCGAUCACCCCUCUCCACAAGCUCGACGACAAGCGGUUUAUCCUAGAGCUCUUCCAUGGACCGACUUUUGCGUUCAAGGACGUCGCGCUGCAGUUUCUGGGCAAUCUCUUCGAGUUCUUCCUUUUGCGGAGGAAUGCGCAGAAGGCGGAGGGUGAGCCGCAGGAGAAGCUGACGAUCGUGGGCGCGACGAGUGGGGAUACUGGGAGCGCAGCCAUCUACGGUGUGAGGAAUAAGGCCAACAUCUCGGUCUUCAUCCUCCACCCCAAGGGGCGCGUCUCGCCGAUUCAGGAAGCCCAAAUGACUACCGUCACGGAUCCCAACGUGCACAAUGUUGCCGUCCAGGGUACUUUUGAUGACUGCCAGGAUAUUGUCAAAGCGCUCUUCGGCGACGCAGAAAUGAACGCAAAAUACAAGCUCGGCGCGGUCAACUCUAUCAACUGGGCGCGCAUCCUCGCGCAGACCGUCUACUACUUCCAUGCUUACUUCAAUGCACGCAAGCAAUUACCUGCUGAUGCCGAACUCCAAUUCGUCGUCCCCACAGGCAACUUUGGCGACAUCCUCGCCGGCUACUACGCCAAGAAGAUGGGGCUGCCAAUGGGGAAGCUCGCGGUCGCGACGAACGCGAACGACAUCCUCGCGCGCUUCUGGCGGACGGGGAAGUAUGAGAAGGUCGACUCGGCUGCUGCCUCAGCCCCUGGUGAGGCAGACCCAGCAUUAGGCUCGUCAGACGGGAAGCAGGCAACCGCGGCGGGCGGAGUGAAGGAGACGUUGAGUCCAGCGAUGGAUAUCUUGGUGUCGAGUAACUUUGAGAGGUUGUUGUGGUAUUUGGCGAGGGAGGGGGCGGAGGGUGCGACGGAAGAAGAAAAGAGGGCGAAUGCGUCGGCGACGUUGGCGCACUGGAUGUCGCUGGUGAAGACGGACGGGCGGGUGGAGGUGCCGGUGGCAGCGCUCGAACUGGCGAGGAAGGACUUUGUGGCGGAGAGGAUAUCGGAUGAGCAGACAUUAGAUACCAUCAAAAAGCACUUCCUCGCAGACCAGUCGUAUACGGCAGACCCGCAUACUGCGGUUGGGCUUGCUGCUGCGGCGCUCAUUGCGGCACAAAACCCCCAAAAUACCACCCAGAUAAUUCUCUCCACCGCGCACCCCGCCAAGUUCUCCGAGGCCGUCUCUCGCGCGCUCAAGGAGUACUUCGAAUUUGACUUCGAGCGCGAUGUGCUGCCGGAGGAGUUCCGGGGGUUACUCGACAAGCCGCGGAAUGUCAUCGAUGUGCUGAAGGCGGAUGUGGAGCUGUUGAAGGAUGUGAUCAAGAAGUAUGCGUAGAGACGGGGUGAUGGAGUAGAAGACAAAAAUGUACUGGAUCUGUAUGGUGUACUCACAGGCUACGAUAAGGUGGCCAGGCGAGGGAGAGAGGA